UUUCUGUCCACUAUUUUAGCUCGAGUUUGUCCCAGUACCUAGGCAGUUUGUGGUUUGUGGGUGUGGCUAGCUUCAAUCUCAACCUCGCUACUAGUACUGAGCAACUUACAUUCUUCUAAGUCUUCAGAUGAAACCAUGGCUAAACCAUAUAAUCAAGUGGUCCUUUUUGGGGAUUCGCUCUUCCAAGGCGCUAGCGAAGUUCAAGGUGGCUUCUCGUUUCAAGGUGCCCUACAAAGUCAGUGUAUGCGACACCUAGACGUGAUCAAUAGAGGAUUUUCCGGUUAUAAUACCAAGAAUGCCUUGCAAUUGCUUCCGCAGAUAUUCUUGCCGCCGUCACCCUCGAAUCCGAGGAUAGAGUACCUUCUGGUCUUGUUAGGUGCGAAUGAUGCGUGCAUCGAUAUUCCGACCAACACUCAGGGCAUUCCAAUGGAUCAAUAUAAGGAGAACUUGACUAAGAUAAUCACUCACGAAUACAUUCAAGCCCACGACCCCAAGAUCCUGCUUGUUACUCCCCCUCCUAUCGAUGAAAUCCGAAUUACCGAGCUUGACCUGGCCCUCGGACAUCCGCAGGCAACGCGGCAAGCGGCCGUUAGCGCUGCUUACUCUGAGACGGCUAGAAAGGUGGCGGCGGAAAUUCCUGGGGUGGUGCUUAUCGACCUCCAGAAGGCUAUCCUGGAUAAAGCUACCUCCUUAACGGCGGACUUCGACGCGGGCGGGUCUCCCUUAGGAUAUCCUGGAGGUAAAAGAGGCGCCUUGGAGCAACUUUUGCCGGAUGGACUACAUAUGAGCGGAGAUGCUUACAAGGUCUUAUUUGACAUUGUCAAGCCACACAUCGGCCCAUUCCCAGAGAAGCAGGGAGUUUUCCCAGAUUGGCGAGUGCUCAACCCUGGGACGUUGUAAUAGUUCAUACAUAGAUAUGACAUACAUACCUUAGGUAUGUACAGUAGAAGACCCUCGGGGUUUUUUAACAAUAAUAGCCUAGAUUGCCCAAA